CCCUGUUCGACGGGAGUUCUCGCUGCGCUAGGCUCAGACGGGAGUUCGCGCUGCGCUAGGCUCAGACGGGAGUUCGCGCUGCGCUAGGCUCAGACGGGAGUUCGCGCUGCGCUAGUUCGCGCUGCGCCCCCCUGCCUGCGCUAUCUAGGCUCAGUGUACACGCGAAAAAUGCUCGCCGCCGCUGUGGUCACCGCGGCGUCGCCUGACCACCUCGUCGUGCUCCAGCACGGCCUCUACGGCGGCGCUUCCAACCUUGCCGUCCUGCGGCAGUGCCUCGUCGGCAUAGGCGGGGACAACGUGCUGGUGCACCUCGCCUCCGCCAACGAGGGCAUGACCCGCGACGGCGUCGCUGCCGGCGGCCGGCGCCUCGCCGCCGAGAUCCGCUCCGUCGCCGCGUCCGCUCCGUCGCUCGAAUCGCUCUCGCUGGUGGGAAACUCGCUCGGUGGGCUCUACGUGCGUGCGGCGGCGGCCGAGCUGUACGGCGGCGGGCAGCAGGAGCUCGGCCUCGCUCCCAACACAUUGGUGACGACAGGGUGCCCGCACCUGGGCGUGCGCCGGUACACGUACCUGCCGCUCCCUCCCGCGCUGCACUCGCUCGGCGGCCUGGUCGCCGGCCGCACCGCGUCCGACCUGCUGCUGCGCCGGACCGACGCGGACCCGCGCCGUCCGCUCCUCGUCGAGAUGGCGGACCCCGACUCGAGGUACGGCGUGGCGCUGCGCUCCUUCCAGCGGAGGCGGCUGUACGCCAACCUGCGGGGCGACUUCAUGGUGCCGUUCGGCACCGCCGCCAUCGAGACCGGCGGCUGGGCCGCGGGCGUGGGCGACGGGCGCCUCGUCGCGCGGUUUGCGGCGCGGCGUGACGUGGUCUUUCGUGAUGUGGAGGUGUGCGGAGGCCGCGCCGACGGCAUCGGCGUCGUGUGCGAGCAGCGGCAAGAAAGGGCGGAGGAGGGGGCGGAGGGGGCGGAGUGGGAGGAGGAGAUGCGGGCCGGCCUGUCGGCGGUGGCGUGGGACAAGGUGGGGGUGAGCUUCCGCGCCGCCGGCACGCUGACACCGCUCGCGCACAACAAGCUGCCCGCGCUGCGGCGCGAGGGGUGGAGGCGCGCCUUCGAGUGGGUGGAGCAGGCGCAGGAGGGCGUGCCGGUGAUGGAGGACGCCGCGCGGUUCGUGGUGGGCGGCCGGGGGCGAGGGGGCGAGGGUCGCGGUGGGGAGUCUUCCUCGUAAAAAGCAACGAAAAGGGAGAC